ACCCCCCUCCCGCACACACCUCCCAGGACUCCAGUCUCCUCCUCCAGCAGCAGUGCCUACAUCCUGCACUGAUUGGAGCUCUAUAAUUACCAGCCACCGCCAGGCAGCUGCUGCUGCUGGACCCUGUUCCCCUGGCAGCUCCGUCGCAGGGGCGUGCACAGAGGGCAGGAACGGGGGUCCCAUCGCAGCUGCUGGUUCACUAGGAAUUACGAUGCUUCCUUCUCCCUCUGCCAUCACCUCUCACGCACCUCCAGGCUCAGGGAUGCUUUGAACGGGGGCUCCUGGAGUAGAGACUGCAUGCCCCCACAUGCUGCUCAGUGCAGCCCUGGGGCUGGAGCCCAGGCCCCAACGGCUCUCCUUUCGGGGUAGCAAUCGCUCCUGGGUACUCUCGCUCUGGUCCCCUGGGGGGGCCAUGGCAGCAGGGUCCUGAGGUUGGCAUCGCAGACCCAGCACCAUGAUCCGGAAGAAGGGGUCGGAGGCAGGCACUCAGGACGCCAGCCUGCUCAUCGCCCUGGGCAAAAGCCGCUCCCGCCUGUCCAGCGGCUCCUCCGGCACCGUCUACAAUGGGGUGCCCUAUGGCGGCUUUGAGGAAGAGGACGAGGACGAUCCCAUCUACGUGCACGCUGACAAAGGCUACAGCCCCAACGUCAGGGGCAACUACUUCCGAGAUGGGCAAACCCAGAUUGACUUCGUGCUGGUCUGGGAGGAGAAGGUGCGCCCCCCGAAGAAGAGGAGGGGGAAGCUGGCCAGAGACGACCAGCCAGACGGGCACCGCGAGCGCUGGAAGAGGAAGUUCCUCAACAACCUGAGAAAUGCCGGGCUGCUGAUGGAGAAGGAGGAGACGCGGAGCGAGCGGAAGACCAUCCACUACCUGAAGCUGAGCGCCCCGUGGGACGUGCUGGUGUACUAUGCCCAGGAGCUGUGCAUGCGAGCACCCCUGCAGGCCCAGCCCAACCCGGACCGGAACAGCUCCGCCCGGGUCCUGAGGAGUCUGUGCAUCCCCAACCUGCUGCACCAGCACGUCCCCAACAAGCCCAUGGACUAUUACACCUGCGCCUUCCAACGGUCCAAGCUGGAUAAGUUCCUAGGCAGCGACUCCCGGGACUCCUACUUCAGCAGCACUCAGAGACAUCGCAUCGUCUAUGAGAUCCUGGCUCGCACCGUCUACGGGAAGCGGAAACGCGCCGAGAUCGGGAUCAACCGGCUGCUGAACGAGCGGGUGUACGCCGCUGCCUUCCCACUGCACGAGGGCCCCUUCGAGAUGCCUGAGUCUGAGGUUCCCAAUGAAGCCCUGAACCCUCGCCAAGUCCUCUACCGCUUCUGGGCCCAGUGGGGCUGCUGGUACCGGUACCAGCCACUGGAUCACAUCCGCGAGUACUUUGGGGAGAAGAUUGCCAUCUACUUCGCCUGGCUGGGCUUCUACACAGCCUGGCUGCUCCCUGCUGCGGCCGUGGGCACCGUGAUCUUCCUCGCAGGCCUGUUUGCCAUGGGAACCAACACGCCAGCGCAGGAGAUCUGUGAGAGCGGAGGCCAGUUUCUCAUGUGUCCGCUCUGCGACACGUGUGAGACCUGGAACAUCUCGGAGAUCUGCCCCAUGGCUAAGGUCGGGUACCUGUUUGAUCACCCCGGGACGGUUUUCUUCAGCGUCUUCAUGUCCUUCUGGGCUGUGACCUUCCUGGAGUACUGGAAGAGGAAAAGCGCCACGCUGGCUCACCACUGGGACUGCAUGGACUUCCAAGAGGAGGAGGAGCAGCCCAGGCCUGAGUUCGCUGCCAUGGCCCCGUGGAUGGAGCAGAACCCCAUCACAGGGGUGAAGGAGCCGUACUUCCCCAGGCGGGACCGCCUCUCCCGCGUUCUGACGGGCUCCAUGGCCAUUGUCAUCAUGCUGUGUGUGGUGAUGAUCUUCCUGGUCUCCGUGAUCAUGUACCGGGGCAUCAUCAGUGUGAUGAUGUAUCACACGGGCAACCCCAUUCUCAUGACCCAGGCUGGGAAUAUAGCGAACAUCAGCAGCACCCUGGUGAACCUAGCGCUGAUCCUCCUCAUGAGCCAGGUCUACACCUCCCUGGCGGAGAAGCUCACCCGGUGGGAGAUGCACCGGACCCAGACCCUGCACGAGGACGCCUUCACCUUCAAAGUCUUCAUCUUCCAGUUCGUCAACUUCUACUCCUCCCCAUUCUACGUGGCCUUCUUCAAAGGCAGGUUUGUGGGGUACCCCGGGCAGUACGGUAUGCUUCUCGGCCUGAGGAACGAGGAGUGCGGCCCCGGGGGGUGCCUGAUCGAGUUGGCGCAGCAGCUGUUCAUCAUCAUGGUGGGGAAGCAGAUCAUCAGCAACAUCCAGGAGUUCGUCAUCCCCAAGCUGAAGGCCUGGCAGCAGAAGCGCAAGCUGGCCAGGGUGCGGGGCACGCAGAUCAGCCAGGAGCCCCCGCGCUGGGAAGAGAACUACGAGCUGAUCGAGUGCGAGGGGCUCUUUGAAGAGUACCUGGAGAUGGUGCUGCAGUUCGGGUUCAUCACGAUCUUCGUGGCUGCCUUCCCGCUGGCCCCGCUCUUUGCCCUGCUCAAUAACUGGGUGGAGAUCCGCCUGGACGCCCAGAAGUUCGUGUGUGAGUACCGGCGCCCGGUGGCCUACCGCACCCAGGACAUCGGGGUCUGGUUCCUCAUCCUGGAGGUCCUGGCUCAGAUCUCCGUCGUCGUCAACGCCUUCCUCAUUGCCUUCACCUCGGACUUCCUGCCCCGGCUCCUCUACCAGUACGAGCAUGAGAGCCAGCUGCAGGGCUACGUCAACUUCUCCUUGGCCUACUCCCCGCCACGCUACGUGGCCACCGGCAACCACACCCUGUGCAGGUACAAAGCCUUCCGGGAUGCCAAUGGGAACUACACCCUCUUCUACUGGAAGCUGCUGGCCAUCCGCCUGAGCUUUAUCAUCGCUUUCGAGCACGUUGUCUUUUUCUUCCUGCGCCUUAUCGACUGGCUGGUGCCCGAUGUCCCAGGGUCGCUGGAGCUGACGAUCAAGCGAGAGCGCUACUUAGCCAAGCAGGCUCUGGCCGAUAACCAGGAGGUGCUGCUGACGCAAGCAGCCUUUCAUCCAGCAGCAUGAGCUAGCCGCGCCGGCUGGGAGCAGCCCCUGGGGGCUUGGCAGAUGGGAAGGCAGAGCUGGCUGUGACCGGGGCCCCUCCACACUUGAUCAGGUGACUUGCCACUGGCAGGGUCCACGGAGCUGUCCAGAGGGGCCAGCAAGGCAGCAAUGGCCCAUCAAUGCCCCACAGAUGACUUUCGACCUCCAGAGUGCCAGGGCGAGGCUCGACGGACUCGGAGACAUGCCCGGCCUGGGUGUCACUAAUGAGGCAGCUGGCGUGUGCGGAGCAUCCCAAGCCCGGAGGAGGAAGCUGGAGCUGGCUGCCAGGGUGCUCCUGGCUGAGUUGGCCCAGUGGGCCCCUCGCUCGCCCCCAGCCUGCAAACGCUUUGCUGCCUCCAAGACGGGUGGUGAUGGGUCCAAAGCUGGUCACACUCCAAGACAAUCAGCAGCAGGGGCUCCAUGCGUCCGGCUGACUCUGACACAUGCCACGGCCCCUCCUAAUCACUGUGAGUGGGGCUGGCUGUAAGGCCAAGAUCACCCCAUUCAGAGCGAGCGGCCCUGGGACACAGAGCAGCAGCUGGAAGGGUGCACUGAGAGAAAUGCACUGCAAAUGCUUCAACGCAAAUGCCCCAGGGAGGAACAGUGAGACAUCCCCCCGCUCUGCCCUGUUGUUCAUCCCCCCGAUGCACACAGUGGGUCUGAGCCCUAGUGGGCCCAUAGCCCAAGUUGCUGGUGCAAUUUACGGCUCCUUUCACGGCUGAUCGGAGAUACCAGUAGAGACAGAGACACUGUGCCAACUUUUCCCUUCCUCCCAAGGCUCUCGGUGGAAUUAGUCUUCCAGCCCCAGCUCACUUACCUUCUGGGCCAAGAUCGUCCAGAGAAGUUUGGUAGCAGCUCCUGCGGGCUGGGCUGGCCUCCUCCGGGCCAUGACUGCAAGGGUUGUGAGGAGGGCAGGAGAGGCUGGGGGCAGCCAAUAGAUGCCAGCAGCCAGUGAUACAACCAGGCCUCUGUGACUGUCACGUCCUGUCCCCAUGUGAGAACCAGGCUGUCAAUUUCUCACACUUAGAAUGUUUGUGGAUUGACCCCGCACCAGGGAUGUAGUGAUGAGCACAGGUCCUUACCAAACUGGGCUAGGGUUCUGGCUCAGUUCACAACAGAGGACACAAUUAGUUAGACCCCCAAGGAGCAUGCGCCUUGUUAUAACUAAAGAGCACAAAGCUCCAUGGCUUUCAAGCCCUAAGGUAGCACACUUACACUUAACAACUCGGAUGCAAUAACGAGAUGAAUGGGAAAUGAAGCACCUCAGAAGCCCUGAAUCAGGAGCCCAAAGAACCUGAAAUGUCAUGACUUCAACUAGAUUUUUUAGACCCAUCCUUUCUGUAACUACUGGGCUACAUAUCCAAAUUCAGUCCCUCUCUGUGGCCAGCUAAGGUUUGUCCCUGUCCAUUAUCCAUACGCGGCAUUCCUAGUGUCCACAACCAAACUGCUGAUCAUUAACAUUAAUAAUUUGCACUGAUCAUUUCUUAACAAUCCCUAUACAGCUGUACAGUCAAACUGUCUAGGUACCACCAGGUUACCAAACUGCCAGACUCCAAGACCCCCUGAUUGCAAAAGCGGGUCUUGCAGAAACCAGAAUUUGCAACCUGGGAUUACGUUCUCAGGCUGGAAGCACAUUAGCUAAAAUCCCAGCUUUUGCAUGACAAAAAUGUAACCUUUCCCAUGGAGACAGGCAAAGCCUAAAACUCCCAAUUAUUUGUGGUCACCAACCAUGUUUCAAUCUAAUAGCUUUACAAAGCUACCACCUUGUACCACACGGGUCUCGACACUUAUAGCAAGUUAAGUUUAUGCAUGGGACUGGGUGAUAGGUCAACACAGGGCUGGGCUGGUGGGAGCCAGGGCCACUUACUCCACCAAUGACAUGCAGCUGUUCCAGGCCAGACUGAAGAGGGGCAGGGAGGGGAUAAUUUCAAGGCUAUAGAAAAGCUGCCACCAUUGUUUGAAUUUCCUCCAUGUGCAUGCUCAUUCCCAAGGGGAGCCACUGAAUGAGGACGUUCCCUGCCCUGCUCACCUGCAGUCCCCCUAAGCACCAAAGGGAGGUGCUGCAGGGUCAAUCAGACAAGGCGAUCCUGGCGGGCCAAACUUUGCGGCCUCUUCCAAGUCCUCUGCACAUAAUGCUAGCGACUCCGCUGAGCCUGGCCUGCCUGGAGCAUGCACCCCGGGCCACGCAGAGCUCCUUGUCAUGCUGUAUGUGCAGGGGGGUGAAUAAAACCAGGAAUGAC